AUGCAAUGGAAUUACAAGGGUUGGAAAGGCCGAUGGCUAUGGGUAAUGCUAGCAGUGAUGCUCUGCCCGGUGCUCAUUGCCCAGAAAAUAGGUGACCCAUACAAAAUUUUAGGUAUACACAGCAAAGCCUCCCUGCCUGAGAUACGGAAAGCUUACAAGCAGCUAGCUAAAGAAUGCAGCCGAAUGGAGGAGUUCGAAAAGGGCAUGCAGCAACCAGCUCCCGUAUCUUCAGGUACCACAGUAAAAGGCCUAUCUGCCGACUAUGCUUCAUUCAAGGCAUUAGUCUGGAAGUGUUUCGGCUUAAUCAAGUCACAGGUGGAGAUUCUACAACUUGCACAGGACCGUUUUGAUACCCACACACGCAGAAAGGUAUUACUUUUCCAUGGGGUUCAAGAGACUUCUGGAGAGGAAACUUCUAAAAAACUUUUGGAGAUAUUACGCGUCAAAAUGAAGUUGAACAGUAUUGAGCCGGAAGCCAUAGAAUCCUGUCACCGAUUGGGGGCUAAAAAGGAAUCUGCUCGACCUAUUCUUGUGAGGUUCACCACAAUGCAAUGUCGAUCGACCAUAUGGAAUGCCAAAACCAUAUUAAAGGGCUCAAAAAUAUCCAUAUCUGAGUUCCUUACAAAAUCUAGGCAAUGUGUUUUUGUUGCGGCACAUCUAGAUCGUUUGAGAGAGGAUAUGAGGAAUAUUGACUGGUCUCCCUUACUGCUAGCUGAUAAUAUCGAUUGCAUGGUUGAAACAUUUAACAAAGAGAUCAUUAAAAUUUUUGACAUCCAUGCACCAGUGCGUCCAGUCCGCGUUAAACACGCUCCUGCUCCUUGGCUUACUCCUAUUAUUCGGAGAACCAUGGCCAAACGUGACAGAGCUAAAAGUCAGUACAAGCACGAGAGAUCACAGUCUGGCUUUCGUCCCUCCCAUAGCACUACUGGGGCACUUCUUAAUAUUACUGAGGAUAUAAGGCAGGCUAUGGAGGACACCAAGUUGACUGCUAUAAUUCUGCUAGAUUUCAGCAGCGCAUUCAAUUCUGUAGAUUUUGACAUCCUUCUUGGUGCUCUCCGUGCUAUUAACAUUUCUGCUUCUGUUAUAGAAUGGUUCUCUUCUUUUCUUUUCGGUCGCCAGCAGUGUGUAAAAACUAGCGAGGGUUCCUCAGACUGGAUUACUUUAACUGCUGGUGUACCUCAAGGCGGUGUUCUCUCUCCAUUACUAUUUUCAGUGUUUAUUAACAAUAUAUCUCGUAUCAUUACUUCUCCAUUCCAUCUGUAUGCAGAUGACUUGCAAUUAUACCGUCACUUUACAUUGUCGGAGGUGGCACAAACAGUUGCAGAUUUGAACUGUGAUCUCUCGGCAAUACAAGCAUGGGCUAGGUCUUUCGGUCUUGUUGUAAAUCCUGCCAAAUCCCAAGUUAUGAUUGUUGGUAGCAGUAGACUGAGGAGCCGGUUGGAUUGGUCUACUAUACCCGCACUUGUAUAUGAGGGUGUUCAUUCUCAAAUAUUUGUUUCACGUUUCAGCAAUGACCCAUUUGAAGAAUUCUUCGGCACACAUUUUCGAACUCAAGACCAAGACAUCACAUUAUUUCAUAAGCUGUCUGUUACCGCUCGCCACUUCGAGAACAACAUAAUGGAGAAGAGCGUGCGCACGCCGGCGCUGGUGCUGUUCUACACGGACUGGUGCCUGGAGUGCGUGCGCGGCGCGGCGGCGUGGCGGCGGCUGGUGGCGGCGCUGCGUCCGCUGGGGGCGACGCUGGCCACCGUGCACGCCGCGCACGAGGCGGGGCUGGCGCGCCGCCUGCGGCUGCCGGCCGUGCCGUGCCUCGCGCUCGUGCUCGACCGACACGUCUACCUCUACAGGGACGCGCUCACCUCGCUGCCCAAGAUACUAGAAUUCGUGCGAUGGAAGUUCCCAUACAAACUGGUACAGAAUAUAAACAAUGGUAAUGUGGAGUCAUUUGUCACUGAUUUUGAGGACAACAAGGUGAAGGCGCUGAUAUUCGAGGAUCGGCAGACUAUACGACUGCGGUACCUUAUCACGGCAUUCCACUAUAGAGAUAGAGUUGCUUUUGGUUUCGUUGAUAUGACAGCACGUGAUACACAGAACGUCACCGCGCGGUAUAAGGUGCAGCGGCAGGUGGACACAAUGGUACUGCUGAAGGAAGACAGUGAGGAACCUGCAGCCACAGUCAGCACCACAGAAAUUCCCACACAGACUCUGCAUCAGCUGAUCGAGGCAAACCAGAUGUUGACGUUGCCUAGACUCUCCUCGCAGAGCAUGCUGGACGCGGUGUGCCCUGUUGAAUGGCGGGCGCCUCGGCGUCGUCUGUGCUGCGUGCUGGUGUGUACCACUGGUGCCGGUGCGGACGGUGCCGGUGCCUCCCGUGCUGAGCUACGGCGGCUGGCUCGAGCUGCGCCCGAGCGGCUGCACUACGCCUACGUGUACGCUCAUAAGCAGCCCGGCUUCGUGCGCGCGCUCGCUAAUGGAUCCGGCAGCGACGUGUCCGAGAUGGAACAUCGCAUCGUGAUAAUCUGGCGGCGCGAGGCGACCCGCAUACAGUACGAGUGGCUGAACGAGACCUGGCCGACCGGCGGCCGCCUCGACUACCAGCAGCGGCUCAACCACACCAAGGAGGCCCUCGACCGGCUCGUCCGGCGGCUGCUCAGGUCCACAGAGGUGCUCGCCUACGAGACUUACGUGCAGGAGCUGGUGGACGAGAGCGUGCGCGGGCCGGUGUGGGCGGCGCUGGGCCGCGCGGCCGAGUGGGCCGAGCGCGCGCUCGCAGCCCUCCGCGGACACCACGCGCUCUCCGCCAUCUCCGCCGCCUCCGUGCUCGCCACCGUCGCGCUCGUGCUCGCCGCCGGCUACCUCAUGGCGUACCUCAUGUGAGUACUCCGCGGACACCACGCGCUCUGCUCGUGCUCGCCGCCGGCUACCUCAUGGCGUACCUCAUGUGAGUACUCCGCGGACACCACGCGCUCUCCGCCAUCUCCGCCGCCUCCGUGCUCGCCACCGUCGCGCUCGUGCUCGCCGCCGGCUACCUCAUGGCGUACCUCAUGUGAGUACUCCGCGGACACCACUACUCCGCGGACACCACGCGCUCUCCGCCAUCUCCGCCGCCUCCGUGCUCGCCACCGUCGCGCUCGUGCUCGCCGCCGGCUACCUCAUGGCGUACCUCAUGUGAGUACUCCGCGGACACCACGCGCUCUCCGCCAUCUCCGCCGCCUCCGUGCUCUACUCCGCGGACACCACGCGCUCUCCGCCAUCUCCGCCGCCUCCGUGCUCGCCACCGUCGCGCUCGUGCUCGCCGCCGGCUACCUCAUGGCGUACCUCAUGUGAGUACUCCGCGGACACCACGCGCUCUGCUCGUGCUCGCCGCCGGCUACCUCAUGGCGUACCUCAUGUGAGUACUCCGCGGACACCACGCGCUCUCCGCCAUCUCCGCCGCCUCCGUGCUCGCCACCGUCGCGCUCGUGCUCGCCGCCGGCUACCUCAUGGCGUACCUCAUGUGAGUACUCCGCGGACACCACUACUCCGCGGACACCACGCGCUCUCCGCCAUCUCCGCCGCCUCCGUGCUCGCCACCGUCGCGCUCGUGCUCGCCGCCGGCUACCUCAUGGCGUACCUCAUGUGAGUACUCCGCGGACACCACGCGCUCUCCGCCAUCUCCGCCGCCUCCGUGCUCUACUCCGCGGACACCACGCGCUCUCCGCCAUCUCCGCCGCCUCCGUGCUCGCCACCGUCGCGCUCGUGCUCGCCGCCGGCUACCUCAUGGCGUACCUCAUGUGAGUACUCCGCGGACACCACGCGCUCUGCUCGUGCUCGCCGCCGGCUACCUCAUGGCGUACCUCAUGUGAGUACUCCGCGGACACCACGCGCUCUCCGCCAUCUCCGCCGCCUCCGUGCUCGCCACCGUCGCGCUCGUGCUCGCCGCCGGCUACCUCAUGGCGUACCUCAUGUGAGUACUCCGCGGACACCACUACUCCGCGGACACCACGCGCUCUCCGCCAUCUCCGCCGCCUCCGUGCUCGCCACCGUCGCGCUCGUGCUCGCCGCCGGCUACCUCAUGGCGUACCUCAUGUGAGUACUCCGCGGACACCACGCGCUCUCCGCCAUCUCCGCCGCCUCCGUGCUCUACUCCGCGGACACCACGCGCUCUCCGCCAUCUCCGCCGCCUCCGUGCUCGCCACCGUCGCGCUCGUGCUCGCCGCCGGCUACCUCAUGGCGUACCUCAUGUGAGUACUCCGCGGACACCACGCGCUCUGCUCGUGCUCGCCGCCGGCUACCUCAUGGCGUACCUCAUGUGAGUACUCCGCGGACACCACGCGCUCUCCGCCAUCUCCGCCGCCUCCGUGCUCGCCACCGUCGCGCUCGUGCUCGCCGCCGGCUACCUCAUGGCGUACCUCAUGUGAGUACUCCGCGGACACCACUACUCCGCGGACACCACGCGCUCUCCGCCAUCUCCGCCGCCUCCGUGCUCGCCACCGUCGCGCUCGUGCUCGCCGCCGGCUACCUCAUGGCGUACCUCAUGUGAGUACUCCGCGGACACCACGCGCUCUCCGCCAUCUCCGCCGCCUCCGUGCUCUACUCCGCGGACACCACGCGCUCUCCGCCAUCUCCGCCGCCUCCGUGCUCGCCACCGUCGCGCUCGUGCUCGCCGCCGGCUACCUCAUGGCGUACCUCAUGUGAGUACUCCGCGGACACCACGCGCUCUGCUCGUGCUCGCCGCCGGCUACCUCAUGGCGUACCUCAUGUGAGUACUCCGCGGACACCACGCGCUCUCCGCCAUCUCCGCCGCCUCCGUGCUCGCCACCGUCGCGCUCGUGCUCGCCGCCGGCUACCUCAUGGCGUACCUCAUGUGAGUACUCCGCGGACACCACUACUCCGCGGACACCACGCGCUCUCCGCCAUCUCCGCCGCCUCCGUGCUCGCCACCGUCGCGCUCGUGCUCGCCGCCGGCUACCUCAUGGCGUACCUCAUGUGAGUACUCCGCGGACACCACGCGCUCUCCGCCAUCUCCGCCGCCUCCGUGCUCUACUCCGCGGACACCACGCGCUCUCCGCCAUCUCCGCCGCCUCCGUGCUCGCCACCGUCGCGCUCGUGCUCGCCGCCGGCUACCUCAUGGCGUACCUCAUACGAGUAGAAGAAGAGUCUGUGCAACGUCAAAAAGAUGAAAGGAAGAAGCAAAACGGAAACGCGAAGAAAAAUAACAACGAGCCGCAGUCAGAGCUGCGGCUGCACGAAUUGCGCGCUGAGAAAUAUAACGGACUUGUUAGGUUACUGAAGCCCGGUUGCCGUACGAUCGUACUCCUCGUGGAUAUGCAGAGUCGAGUGCAGCUGCUCUCGAAAUUCCAUAAAAUUGUGUGGCCUUAUCGCAAGAACAAGACACUGGUGUUCGCGUACCUGGUGGCGGAGCGCAACGUGGGCUGGUUCCAGCGCGUGCUGCAGCUGUCGCUGGGUGGCGGCGAGCUGCGGGUCAACGCGCGCAACGCCGUCGGCACAGUACUAGCGCUCAACCCGCACCGCAAGUACUUCUGUAUCUACCACGCCAAGCACCCGGAGUGUGCUAAACCGCACAAGCGCAUGUCGCGCAUGCGGCGGUCGCUGGGCGGCGCGGCGGCCGACCCGGAGGCGGGCGCCUUCAUCGGGUUCACCACCGACCCCGACUCCUCCUCCGGGGACGACGCGCCCGACCCGCCCGUGCUGCUACAAGAGAAUCUGUUGGACGGAUUGGAGAACUGGCUGGACAGACUGUUCGAAGGCAGUACGCAUAGAUACUACAUCAACUACUGGCCAGACAUGACCACCAAGUGAAUCCGACAAUUAGCAUUUUGGUUCUUCCGCGACCGUCAAGGUGAGAACAUUUAGGUUUCCUUUCGAGUUUGCGUUUAAUUGAUUCCGAGUACGAAUAUGAACAAAUGAAGGAUUGUUUACAAUUGUACACAUUGUAUAAACGAGAUAUGUUCAAUGAUAAUAUUGUUUACGAGAUCCUGAUAUUACGAUGCUGGUACAAACGACUAUUA